AUGCUGUCGUACACCUCUGCGCUGCGGCGGGUGUUCAACCGCAAGAACAAGGCCCCGCAGCGCAUGUCGAACUUCACCAAGGUAACGAAUCUGAACAAAGCGGAAAAGGUGAAGAUUGAAACGGUCGAUGGCGACGUCGUCAAGGGCCGCGGCCGUGUGCACCGCCGCUCGCACAGCGGGUUAAAGGAUGCCAUUGAAGAGAUGGAGCACCCGGCCAUCUGGCUAUGGUAUCCGUGGCGCAAGAACCCGGAGCCGCCGACGCCGUACAUGCCAUCGCAGCGCGCGCUCAAGAACAUCCACGGCGCCAUCUUCACGAAUCUCAGCCCCAUUCAGAAGAAGAAGCAGGAGCAGAUGCUCUACGGGGUAAACAUCCCCGAGACGCGAGUCAUGCGGUUUGAGCAGCAGCACCCGCUCCUCUCGACGGCGCUGAAGCAACUCGAUGGGCAGCCGAAGGGCUUCCCGUUCUGGUACAAGAAAUACCCGACACGUCGCCACGCCUAUGAGCAGCGCUUCAGCGUACCGACGGAGAUGCUGGAAGGCUACAACGACAAUGUCAAGAAGGCCUUCAGCAUGAGCAUGAUGACGAUCCAAGAGAAGCAGUUUGCGCAGGAGGCGAUGUACAUGGAGCGGUACGCUGAGCACGACUUCGACACGACCAGUCCGGCCGUGCUGGCGGUGAAGCGGGCACUGAAGGUGCGCGUGCUGCGUAACCACUUGCUGACGAACCCGCACAACAACAUCGUGAAGACGAUCCUGGCAAACACGGAACGGAAGCUAAACCACACCCUUCGCCGGCUGCGCAAGGUGGACUUCAAACGGUAUUGGGAGAUAAUCCGCGACCACGAUGUACAGGACCUGCUGCAACCGCCAAACCUCGUGACCUACAGGCAGGGCUCCUACUGGCGGUACGACUGGAACGCGGGGCUGGCGAUCAGCACGCAGCUUGCAGACGUGCUUGACCCGCGCGGUCUCAACGGCUGCGUUGAGACAGGCCGCUCCCGCUCUGAGGUGGCUCGAGACCUCGGUCUCUCGUACACCCGCCCGCUUCAGGAAAACGAGAAGAAGCAGCUCUCGGAGCAAGCCGUCUACUACGAGCGGCUGACGAAGUUCAAGAUGGAGCAGCCGGAGGCGGCACGCGCGCAAGAGCGGGAGCGCUUUGUCCGCAAGUUCUCCGGCAUGUUCCUCAAGCUGGAUAUGAAGUCCGGCGUCCCCGACUUUCCAAGCACGUACCGCAAGCUGCUCGGGACGCAGGUGGCGCGGUGGUCGUCGAAGCGGCAUGGCCCUAUGUAG